AUGCUUACUGUACACCAUCUACGCGUCUCUCAAUCAGAACGUAUCGUCUGGCUGUGCGAGGAGCUAGGCAUCGACUACGAUCUGAAGCUCUACCGCCGAGACCCAUUCUUCUCUCCCCAAGCGCUCAAAGACCUCACUGAGAUUGGUACUGCACCCGUCAUCCAAGAUGGCAACUUGACGAUGGGUGAAUCGGCAGCUUGUGCCGACUACAUCAUCCACAAGCACGGAAACGGUCGUCUGGCUCUGCCUCCCUCCCAUCCAAACUACGCCGACUACCUCUACUGGUUCCACUACUCCAAUGGCUCGUUGCAACCAGGAGUCAGUCGUAUGCUCACACUCAAAUCCGCCGGCAUCGACACCUCCAACGACGUCUUCAAGCGCUACACAGAACGUUUGCACCAAUAUCUCCUUCACAUUGACAACCAUCUCGCCAAAGGCAAUAAAUGGUUAGCAGGCGAUGAGUUCACAGCUGCGGAUAUCAUGACUGUCUUUACGCUUACCACCAUGCGUACAUUCUACAGUCUGGAUCUCAGUGCGUAUAAGAAUAUCUUGCCGUAUUUGGAGAGGAAUGUGCAGAGGGAGGCGUACAAGAGGUAUAGGGAGAAGGCCGAGGAUGCUGACUUCCCACUUAUGAUUGAGGGGCCUGCUCCGGAGAACUUUUUGGAAAAGGUGAGGAGGUCAGCGAAGGCUUGA